UGCCAAGUUUUCCAAGCAGAUAAAAGAGGAGGCUCCCAAGCUCUCCCAUCACAGGGGUUUCUGUCUCCRUUGCCCUCUGCUCUCCUCUUGCUGCGCAGCCUUUUUUUGUUUUCCUCUCUCCUGCUCUUUGCCUUCCCAACUGAACCAGCCAUGAGCCGGAUCUCUUUCAGAUCAUCUACUGGAGGGGGCAUGAGGGGUUUUAGCUCGGGCUCUGCCAUUGUAGGAGGUAGCGGUGGUGGGACCAGGAGCAGUUUUAGCUCCGUCUCUGUCUCCAGAGUUGGAGGAGGCAGAGCUGGAGGUGGAGGAGGCUUUGGAGCCGGCGGUGGCUUYGGCAGCAGAAGUCUCUAUAACAUGGGUGGAAGCAGAAGAAUUGCCUACAGCACGAUCGGUCCAGGUYUACGGAGCGGAGCCGGGGGUGGAUACGGUUUUGGUGUUGGCUAUGGUGSUGGAGCAGGCGCCGGCUUUGGCUUAGGAGGUGCUGGUGGCGGUGGUGGCUAUGGGCUGGGAAGUGGAUUUGGGCUGGGAGGGCCUGGAUUUGGUGGCCGAGGUGGCCCYGGGUUCCCUGUUUGCCCACCUGGUGGCAUCCAAGAAGUGACAAUCAACCAGAGCCUCCUGGCACCCCUCAAGCUGGAUAUCGAUCCGGAAAUCCAGAAAGUGCGAACGCAGGAGAGGGAGCAGAUCAAGACCCUCAACAACAAAUUUGCCUCAUUCAUCGACAAGGUGCGCUUUUUGGAGCAGCAGAACAAGGUGCUGGAGACCAAAUGGAGCCUCCUCCAAGAGCAGGGUCACACUGUCACCAGGAAGUCCCUGGAACCCAUUUUCGAAGCCUACAUCAACAACCUCCGGCGGCAGCUGGACAACCUGAUGGGAGAGAGGGGCCGGCUGGACUCGGAGCUCCGGAACAUGCAGGACAUGGUGGAAGACUUCAAGAACAAAUAUGAAGAUGAGAUCAACAGGCGCACGGGUGCCGAGAACGAGUUUGUGGUCCUCAAGAAGGAUGUGGAUGGUGCUUACAUGAACAAGGUUGAGCUGCAGGGCAAGGCCGAUGCGCUGGCGGAGGAAAUCAAUUUCCUGAGAGCUCUGUACGAUGCGGAGCUGUCCCAGAUGCAGCAACAAGUGUCUGACACCUCAGUGGUGCUGUCCAUGGACAACAAUCGGAACCUGGACCUCAACAGCAUCAUCGCCGAGGUGAAGGCGCAGUACGAGGACAUCGCCAACCGCAGCCGCGCCGAGGCCGAGGCGUGGUACCAGAACAAGUACGAGGAGCUCCAGGUCUCCGCUGGGAGACACGGGGAUGACCUGAGGAACACCAAGAUUGAGAUCUCAGAGAUCAACCGCAUGGUGCAGAGGCUGCGGAAUGAGAUCGACAGCGUGAAGAAACAGCAUCCCCCAUUCCCCCCUCCCUACUCACCCCUCCUCACCGUGGUGACCCCGCCGGUGUCCCCACCUCGGCUGUGUCCAGCUGUCCAGUCUCACGGGGCCAUUCCCGUUUCCUUCACAGCCGUGGUCAGCAGCUCCAGCGGGAUGAGCUACGGCGGCGGGAGCGGCCUGGGCCUGGGCGGUGGCGGCGGCGGCUACACCGUGAGCAGCGGUGGCUUUGGUGGUGGCAGUGGAGGAUUUGGUGGCGGCAGUGGCUUCGGUGGCGGCAGUGGAGGAUUUGGAGGCGGCAGUGGAGGUUUCUCCGGAGGCCUCAGCUAUGGUGGAGGCAGCUCCUUCAGCUCCGGGAGCAGCCGCGGUGUCAGCUCCAGCACGGGAGGCAGCGUCAGGAUUGUUUCCAAGACCACCACCAGCAAAAAGACCAUCAGAUAAGUCCGGGAAGCCCCCUGACCGUCGGCAACUCCGGCCUCGUGCCCCGCAGAUCUUGGUGUAAAUAGCUGCGCUAGAGCCUCUCCUUCCUCCGUCCUUCACCCCUGGGGCAGCGGGGGGACCGGGACCCCUCCGCCGGAAUCUGGAGCACCUUUGGCUGAAGCACAGGUUGUAACAGGCCAUGGCAGGGCUUUGGGAGCCAACCCCUGGUGCCCCUGUGUCAGCUCUCUUGGCCUCCCCUCAAAGCCAGACCAUUAGAGGGAAGUGGAAGCACUCCUGGAACGGGCACAACCAUUUCGUUCACCCCAUUCCAAGGAUGAGUCACGGCCUUGUGGAGACACAGGUCCAGGUCCUCAGCAGUGAAAACACCUCCAAGAGGCUCUGAAAGCCGCUGAAUGGCCUCCAACAUGCGUUACAACCUCCAAAGGUUUUUUCUGCGACUCAAGAUUUCUUCCAGCCCCUUCUGUUUCCUCUGGCACUUGUGGGAAAGGUUUUUUGCUUUGUGUGUAAAAGGUUUCUAACUCCUCGUCCUUGUGGCUGCAGCCUCCUCACUUCCAGGCCUAACCUACUGUAAGGUCCAAUAAAAGAGCAUUUUGUCAUUUUUAAA